UUCCCCAUCCAAGCCCUGGCAUGGGGCCACACCUUGCAGUGCCAGCUGUGUUUUUCCUUUUCCAUGGGACCAGCCCCAGGACAUAAACCUGGGGAAGAGCCGAGGUAUGGCAGGAGUCUGCUUGCUGUGGUGAUGUCACCUCGUCAGGGAACUCGUUCCUCUGCAAAUCCCAAUCCAGACUGGAGCUGGGCUUUCCCCUGAUCACCCCGAGGGAAUCCGCCCACAGGAUCAACAACAGCUGGUGGAGGGUGGGAAAACAUAUAAAGCUCCUUGGGAGAAGCUCUCUGGAUCUGUCCUGGCUGCCUGGAUCUGCUCUCAGCAUGAAGAAACUCCUGCUGGGAUUCCUGCUGGGCCUGGCAUUCGUGGAGUUGGCCCAGUCCCUGAGAUGUUACACGUGCAAGGAGCCCACAGACAUUUCCAAGUGCAGGACAGCCAUCGUGUGUCCCCCGAAAGCCACCGUGUGCACCACGACGCUGCACUCCGUGGAGACAGGUUAUCCCUUUUUUGGCAACAUCACCGUGACCAGAGACUGUGAGGAGGAAUGCCUCUCCUACAACGGGAUAGGGGCCCAAAAGCCCAAAUCCUGCUGCUACACCGACCUGUGCACGGAUGACACCAAGAGCAGCAGUGGGGUGAGGAGCAGCUCUGCAGCGCUGGGUCUGGUGGCCCUGGUGGCUGGCACGGUCCUCCAGUACUCCCUGUGAGGUCACAAAUAUCCCAGCUCCAGCUGAAAGCUCACCACUCUCCCUGCCAAGCUGCCUCAUGAACUCUUAGAUGCUUUGGGAAUGUCCUUCUUCGCUGAUGUGUGGCUUCGUCCCAUCUUCAACGCUGGAUCCAAGCCAAGAGUUUGGGCACCUGGACUUAAACCCCUCAGAUCUCCAGUUUCCAGCUGUUUAAGCAGAUGUUCCUCACCUUCAGCUGCUUCUGGUCCUCAGGAUCCACAGAGAAUGGGUUGGCUUGGAAGGAACAUUCAAGAUCAUCCAGUUCCAACCCCCUGCCAUGGGCAGGGACACCUUCCACUAGACCAGGUUGCUCCAAGCCCCAUCCAACCUGACCUGGAACACUUCCAGGGAUCCAGGGGCAGCCACAGCUUCUCUGGGAAUCCUGUGCCAUGUCCUGAUUGAGAGGAGCAGAUGGAUCUGGGUCCAGUUACUUCCUGCCCAUCACAGUGUGGGUGGCAACUGCAGAGAUCUGGAGCUUAAUUCCAAGGAUAAGCUAAGGAAUGAGUUCAGAAGGGCUCAGCUUCCAUGUGGGAACAGGAUGGAUUUCUGGAAAGCUCAGCACACCCCCUGGACUGACAGACCCGUAGGUCAGACCUGCAACCCAAAUUUCCAAGUUUGGUCAGAAAAACACACCCUCACCUCAGCUUCUGCCUGAGCUCAGGUUGCACUUGGAGCUCCCAAAUUUCCCUUUCCAGGUGUUUUAAAGAUUAUUCCAAGCAAAUUCUUCUCUUAUUCUGCCCUCCUUUCAUCCUUCCAGAGCAGAAACUGCAGAAUAGGAAAAAUAACGGUUAUCCCAGACCCUCAGCUCUAGGAAAAAUCAAUUAAAAGUGCUGGGAUCCCAGCUGGGAUUUGCUUGGAGCAGAUGUGGGAUAGAUUCUGAGGCCCUGCCUGCUGUAAAAGCAGCUGGAGUGGAAGCAGAUAUGAAUGAGCCAGGUGUGUCCAGCUCACAGAGAUGCAGGAAAUUUGCCACUCCCUCUGUUCCUAUUGCCAGGGAUCAUCCAGAUUAGGAAGCAAGGGGUAGAGUGGAGCCUGAAUAUAUCCCAUGCACCAUUCUUAUGUGUUCACAGCCUCCCUGCAACCUCCUCUGUGGAAAAGUCUAUUUUUCCUCCAUUUUUUUCCCUUUUCCACUCUCUUUCCACAAGAAACCAAAGUAGGGGGCUCUUCUUCCUCCUUGCACAGAGGGAAUAGUUUCUCAAGAUCUGUCUCAGUAACACUUAGGAGAAAACUCUGACAAUUUUGCAUUCCUUGGCAGAGCUCAGGAGGAUGGUGAGCUCUUUUUCCUGGAGGUGAAACCCUCAGAGCUCCACUAAAACACUGAAAACUCCCUGGCAAUGCUGAGAUCUACAGGGAGCGAAUGCCAUGGAGAGGAUAAUAAUUGGAAGUUACUCAAAUCCCAGUAUUCCACCCACCCUCGCAGACACUGAGCACCAGCCCCUGCUUCCCACUCGUCUGUUCUGUUUCUCCCUCCUUCAAAACCAGUAGGAUGUGUCAGGCCAGAAGCAAAGCUCCAUCCCUGCCAUCCUCAGAUCACAUUCCUUUUUUUUUUUAAUCCUGGCUUCCAGCUCUGUCUCCAGCAGCCUUUCCACAUUUUCUGCAGGAUCCUGGGCUCUGCUUUCCACCCGUGGAUGGGGCAGGGUCUGGAUACAGAAGGACUGGGAGGGUGAGGGUGAGAAUUUCGUAAAUAAAGUUGGAUUCUCUGGUUUUCA